AUGAAGCACCUCGCAGCUUACCUUCUUCUCGGCCUCGGAGGCAACACCUCCCCCUCUGCCGCCGAUGUCAAGGCCGUUCUCGAGUCCGUUGGCAUUGAGGCCGACGACGAGCGCCUCAACACCCUGAUCUCCGAGCUCGAGGGCAAGGACAUCCAGGAGCUCAUUGCUGAGGGCUCUGAGAAGCUCGCUUCCGUUCCCUCCGGCGGUGCUGGUGGUGCCGCCGCUGGUGGUGCUGCUGCCGCUGGCGGUGCCGCUGAGGAGGCCAAGGAGGAGGAGAAGGAAGAGGAGAAGGAGGAGUCCGACGAGGAUAUGGGCUUCGGUCUCUUCGACUAA